AAUCGGUAAAAUUGACUAAUCCUUCCCGUAGUCCCUGCCCUGUCCGUGAGAGGGAAUCUCAUUGGGCGAAUACAGUAUUUCUCCUGAUAGUCUUUCGGGUAUUGAUCUUCAGGAUUUUACUAGGAACCUUAGAAAAAGGCACGUUCUUUGAUACCCCACUCCAUCGAAAAGGGGAUUGUCCUACGUAUCCAGUUGUAGAAUGAUUAUGGUUAUGAUACUCUCCUUGCCGGAUCCUGAUCGUUGAUUUGCUACAUUUACGUUCUAACAUACAUGGACGUGCAUACGCCGCAGAGCAGGGGUUAAGCUAACAGAGCGGAAAUCGCUGACAUCCCCGCCCAACUCCUCGCCGCCUGUCAGAUGCUAUUUAACAAGACAUCACAACUCGCAACAGAAUACGGUCAAAGACUCUGGUUCUUUCUAAAAUAUUAGUACUGUUGCGCAGCUGAUAUUAAGCUUGGAGAUGGCUGUUACAUCCGACCCGACUACCGCAGCGGUUGACGCCCGUGAUCUUUUGACCUCAGCGUUUCCGGGGCGUGUAGCUGUCCCAGAUGAUGCACAAUACCAAUCCGAAAAGGAUCAACCAUGGUGUCAAACCUGCUGGCUUCCCGCUGCUUGCUUUGUGCGGCCCUCGAGUAUGAAUGAUGUCGCCGAGAUACUCAAGAUUGUUAGGCAGACUGGGACUAAAUUUGCCGUCCGCUGUGGUGGGCACAAUACAAACCCCGGUGGCAAUAGUAUUGAUGGCAACGGUAUCCUGGUAAACUUACUCAAUCUCAAAUCGCUCGAGUUAGCGGAUGACGCAGUCUUGCGUGUAGGUGCGGGAUGCAUAUGGGGGGACGUGUACGACUUCUUGGAUAAAAAAGGCCUAUCAGCAAUUGGUGGGCGCCAACGUGAUGUAGGCGUGUCGGGGUAUCUUCUUGGAGGUGGGAUGCCGGCAUUUCCUAACCACCAUGGUUUAGCUGCGGAUAGCGUCAAGAAUUUUGAGGUGGUCCUAGCCGAUUCAACCAUUGUCAACGCAAAUGCCAAUGAAAACCCCGACCUUUUCCGUGCGUUGAAGGGCGGUGGCUCGAACUUUGGAAUCGUCACAAGGUUUGAUAUUCAGACAUACCCUCUCAUUGAGGUCAAGUACACAGUCUUUAUGUAUGACCCAUCUGGCUAUGAUGAGGUCCUUCGCGCUACUGCCGAAGCCCAAACGGCCAUGGAAGUGGACUCCAAGAUUGGCAUGUUCACGGCUGUCAACCCCGCCUUCAUCGCCGUCGGAGCUUUCUAUUUAGAUACAGAAGCGGCUCAACCAAAAUUUAUUGAGACAUUCUUCAACCUAAAAAGUCUCCAAGCAACCGCAGUGCCAACCACAAAAGGUACCUUAAAAACACUAAUCGAGGCCAUUGGGAUCCUAGGCCCCGCAGCCAGACGGCUCGCUUAUACCACUACUACGAAAGUGUCAUAUGACCUUUAUAUCGAUAUACAUAACCUUUGGCUCGAAGGGAAAACCAAGUACCCGGGGGUUAACCUAUGGUACUCCAUCCAACCCGCAUCACCAGCUACAGCGCAGAUCGGAGAAGACAGAGGCGGGAACUCUCUAGGACUUGAGAAGGUAUCUCAGAGUUGGUGGGCCAUAGUUGCCGAAUGGCCGGAUGAAACUGGGGAUGCUGCUGCUGCGCAGGCACUCAAGGAGUUUACGGAAGAUGUUAUAAACCUUGCCAAGAAAAAGGGCAAACAUCUGGAUUUCAUUUUUAUGAAUGAUGCCCACACUUCGCAGAAUGUUCUGGGUGGCUACGGUGCGGAGAACUUGAAGAGACUACGGGACGCUGCGGCGAAAUACGAUCCAGAGGGGGUCUUUCAGAAGCUACAAAACGACGGGUUUCUUUUAAGGAAGGUCUAGAGUAGGUUUCUGACUAGUUCUUGGUAUAUCUCAUUGCCUGAGCUAUUAUCCUCGGUAAGUUCGGGUGAAAGGGUUCCCUUAGACACAUUCAAUGAUGAGUGAGAUUUUUCCUAUAGCUCCCCUCGUAACAUACCUAGGUAGUUUACGAUGUGGCAUCUAUUAUAUUAUGCUAGUCUUGAAUAAUCCCAGUAGCCUCGUUGUCGUACUCUAGUUAUUUAGGUAGGUAGAUAAUAGGGGAAAACACAACACA